GGGGGAGGGAGGGCUGCCGUGCAGCAGGAACUGUGCAGACACACACACACGGGGAUUCAGGGACGGAAGCCCCUUGCACUGGGAUCUAGAGCCACAGCGCGAAAGACAGUUGAAGAGAACACUCAACUAACGCAACACAAUGGCAGACAAAAUUAAAGAUUCAAAGAUCAUCUUUGUCGUGGGUGGACCUGGCUCUGGAAAGGGCACCCAGUGUGAGAAGGUUGUGGCAAAGUAUGGCUACACCCAUCUGUCAUCUGGGGAUCUGCUCCGUGCUGAGGUGGCCUCUGGCUCUGAGAGGGGCAAACACCUCCAGGCCAUCAUGCAAAAGGGAGAGCUUGUGCCCCUGGACACAGUCUUAGACAUGAUUAAGGAUGCCAUGAUCGCCAAGGCUGAUGUCUCCAAGGGCUUCCUUAUUGAUGGCUACCCCCGUGAGGUGAAGCAGGGCGAGGAGUUUGAGAAGAAGAUCGGCAAACCCUGCCUGCUGCUGUACGUUGACGCAAAAGCAGAGACCAUGGUCAAGAGGCUUUUGAAGCGUGGUGAGACCAGCGGCCGUGCUGACGAUAAUGAGGAGACCAUCAAGAAGCGCCUGGACUUGUAUUACAAAGCAACUGAGCCAGUCAUUGCCUUUUAUGAGGGCCGUGGGAUUGUAAGGAAGGUUAACUCUGAAUUGCCAGUGGAUGAAGUCUUCAGCCAAGUCUCCAAGGCUAUUGAUGCACUGAAGUAAAACAACAUAACUGUC